UCAGUUGACCGACUUCACUACUCACUCACCUGUCCACCUCCCUCUUUAUAACCCAAUUUCCCUUCCUCUUUUCCCUCACUCCCAACUAAAAAAACAAACCUCACCCAUGGCCUUGGAAGCUCUCAAUUCCCCUACUUCCGCGCUCGUCCACGACCAGCUCCUCAAUCAUAAGCCCUUCGACCCAUUGACCCAUCGAUCCAAGCGUUCCAAACGACCCCGGUUCGACUCCGACGACGAGUACUUCGCUUUUUGCCUUCUCCUUCUAGCCCGUGGCAGAAUCUCAGAUUCUGACACUGACAAUAAGUCUUCUUUAUCUCCGUCCCAGUCUUAUGCUUGUAGUAUUUGUAAUAAAUUAUUUUCUUCCUAUCAAGCUCUUGGUGGUCAUAAGGCUAGCCAUCGGAAAUCUGAUGGCGGUGGAGGAGGCGGUGGAGAGAAAGUAUCGGCGGCGAUUACUGCCACCAUGUCUAAUUCUUGUAGGACCCACCAGUGUUCCAUUUGUUUUAAGUGUUUUCCCACCGGUCAGGCUCUCGGCGGCCAUAAGCGACGGCACUACGACGGCGGCAGUGGUAAUAAAAGUAAUAGCUCUAGCUUCACGCAAACCCAUAUCCGGGAAUUUGACCUUAACGUCCCUGCCGUGCCGGAGGUCUGGUCGAGAUUUCCCGCCAGUGACCGGCAGCAAAAAAGUCAAAGUCAAAGUGCAAAACAAGACUUUGCAGAGGAAGAAGUGGAGAGACCUCACCCGUUGAAGAAGCUGAGGAUUCCGAUUCCGAUUCCGAUCUCCGACGACCCAAAAUCCUCUGUUUUUUGUUCUUAGAUUGAUUUGAUUGUGUACAAAGAUAAGAAGAGUUGUUAAUUAUUUAUGGAUUAGAUUAAAUUUGUUU